GUCCAGUUUUAUCACUUCCUGCAUCUUCUCAAAUGAAAUAGCAGUCCAGGAAUUGCUCUUCGUCAGAGCAAAAUGCGAAUUUUCUUGGAUUAGUUUCGGGAAUGAUUACAUUGCAUAUGUACCUGAAGUAUGCGAUCGGGCUGCUGCUUACCCCAAUACAUAUUUAUUUAGCGGAUAGAAAUUCGUUAUCGAUUUGUCUUACGAUUUUUCUCUCCCGUUUGGACAUAAAUUGCUGAGCAUGUCACACCGUUUUGCAAUCCGGAUUGCUUAUCGGGAUGUUCCUUCGGAACCGUACAGCAUCACUGUGGAAUCUCAGAAGACGAAAAAAAUGUUAUUGUUCCAGUCCUCGGCAAUUACGACAAUCUUUAAUGCUGAGUCACUGUCAGAAUUAAGGAAGAACUAUACAAAACUUAUGGAUGCCAGAGGUUUACUGGGUGUGCUACGAACAGGCCAAGAUGAUGCUCAUCUAUUAGCAAUUACUGAAGAUGAAAGUGUUGGUGAAUUACGCAACUGUAAAAUUUAUCGAAUUUGGGGCGUAAAUGCGAUAUCGCUUAAAGGACCUGCUGCGACAUGUCCAACGGAUCCACGUAUAAAUGAUGUAUUACGUCUAUUUUCAUCAGGCAGUUUCUAUUAUGCUUCUCAGGACGAUGCCAGUCGGUGUAUUGAUUUAACUGUCAGAUCUCAUAAGUGCUCAAACUUUUCGAACGGCGACAGCCGUUUCUUUUGGAAUAAACAUCUACAUUAUCCGUUGAAACGAUACAAGAUCGAUGUAAAUGAAUGGCUGUUACGGAUAAUUUGCGGAGCGGUCGUCAUAUGUCAAGUAUAUGUGGGGCAGCAAAGAGCUACGGUCGCAUUAAUUUCUCGUUUAAGUUGUGAACGAGUCGGAACACGUUUCAACGUGCGUGGUGUAGACGACGAUGGUCACGUGGCCAAUUUUGUUGAAACCGAACAGGUCAUUACUUUGGGUACUGACGAGAUCUCAUUUGUUCAAAUAAGAGGAUCUGUUCCUUUGUUUUGGGAACAACCGGGCAUUAAUGUUGGUUCACAUAAAGUGAAAUUAAGAGCUUUUGAAGCUUCUUCUCCCGCAUUUAACAGACAUUUUCGUGCACUAAAGGAGGAAUAUGGUGAAGUAACUGUAGUAAAUCUUCUCGGUUCGAAAGAAGGCGAAACGCUACUGUCGAAGGCAUACGAAGCGCAUUACAAGAAUUCAAAUUGUGUCGCUGGUUAUAUUUCCUUUGAUUACCAUGAAGAAAAAAGGAACUGUAUGAAAUUAAUGGAGAGAUUAAAACCGAAAAUUCUAGAUUGCAUGUUUUAUAGACAGCGAAACGGCAAUGUUUUAUGCAACCAAAAUGGUGUCAUUCGGGUAAAUUGCCUCGAUUGUUUGGAUAGAACUAAUGCGGUCCAGACUCUUAUAGGAUUCCAGGUAUUGGUUAUACAGUUGGAAAGUCUUGAAGUUGACAAAAAAUAUUUCGCGCGAUUUGAAGAGCAUUUAAAAGAUAUAUGGCAGCGAAACGGUGAUUCAUGUAGUGUAAUUUAUGCUGGGACUGGUGCACUGGAAGGGAAAAGUAAAAUGAAAGAUGCUAAAAGAACAUUGGUAAGAGCAAUCCAAAACAAUUUUUUGGAUGCAUCGAAACAAGAAGCAUUCGAAUUUCUACUUCACGGAACAUUUAUUUGUGAUAGUUCGUAUAACGAACUAACCUACUUGAUGCCGCGUGAUAUUCUACUAGAACAUCCAUCGGUAGUGAAAGAUUUAGUGGAACGAAAAAUGGAAAUGAUGGAAAACGUUCCGCUGACUAUUUGGGUUGGGACUUGGAACGUAAAUGGUGGCAAGAAUUUUUCUGAUAUUGCUUUUCGUAACCAAACAAAUUUGUCAGAUUGGUUAUUCCCACAACAUUUCCAUGGGCUUGGCGGAGAAAACUCUACUACACCAGAUAUGUAUGUUGUUGGCCUGGAAGAAAUUAUAGAUUUGAAUGCUUCAAAUAUAGUUAGCGCUAGUACAACAAACCAGCGUGCAUGGGCCCUUGGUUUGCGUGAAGCAUUAUCGAAACGGAAUAAAUACAUAUUGUUAGGAUGUGAACAACUUGUUGGUGUGUGCAUUUUUGUAUUUAUCAAACCUUCACUUGCUGCUGCUGUACGUGACAUGUCCAUAAAUAGUGUUAAGACAGGAAUGGGCGGUACAACAGGGAAUAAAGGUUCAGUGGCAAUGAGUUUAACCAUAUAUUCUACGACGUUUUGCUUUGUUUGUUCACAUUUAGCUGCUGGCCAAAAUGAAGUUCGUGAUCGUAAUGAGGACUACAUGAAUGCGUUAAGAAAAAUCAAAUUUUCUCAGGGUCGCGGCAUUUUGUCGCAUGUUGUUGUAUUCUGGCUCGGUGAUUUUAAUUACCGAAUAGUGUUGUCGCGUAAUGAAGCUGAAGCAGCAAUAAAAUCUGGAAAUAUGACGGAACUUUCUCGUUACGAUCAGCUUUCUCAGCAAAAAGCCUUGGGUGAAAUUUUCAAGGGUUUCGAGGAGGGACCGUUAACUUUUGCCCCAACUUAUAAAUAUGACACUUUUACUGACGAUUAUGAUACAUCAGAAAAAUGUCGUGUUCCUGCCUGGACGGAUCGAAUCCUUUGGCGAGAAACAAAUGGAACAAAGAUUGUGCAUUUGCUAAAUUAUGACCGAAUAGAACUGAAAACUUCGGAUCAUAGACCAGUUUGUGCUUUAUUCCAUGUCGACGCCUAUAAAAUUAACCUUUCACGGUUUGAAUUGGUUUUCAGAGACGUGGUCAGUUCAAUGGGUCCUCUGGAUGGUACUGUGCUCGUAUCAGUGUGUAAUCUUAAUAGUUUCCCUCCGGAAUUGCGUCUUCCUGUCAUCGGAAAACUUGAUCUAUUCGGAAUAUCGCCGUCUAUCAGCAAGGUCGAAUCUGGUGUGCUAUGGUUAAUUUUCAAUAGUUGUGAUAUAGCUUUGGCAGCUUUGAGUUUGGAUGGAGUAAGGAUUGGAGAUUCUAUCUUAAGUGUUCAGUUGCUAACUCCAGACUGGGCUGAACUGGAAUAUGCCGAAAUGAGUAAUAUGUUGCGAAACACAAACGAAGACCUAAAUAUGGAAUGUAUUGAACUAAGAAAUGCGGAUAAUUUCGAAAUUAAUGAUGAGGACGACUUGCCAAUGAAAGAUGGAUUGGGUGAUCGGUUGUCUAGACUGAGAUGUAAUUCUCCAGUGGAUCGAAACGAAAUGGAUCUUUGUCAACUUACUUUGCCGAAUGUAGCUCCCAGGUCGGUGUCAUCACCUAUGCUAAAUGAUAUGCAAAUGUAUCCCUCAACAAAUGACCUUGUUGGAAAUAUAAAUGUUCAACCAAAACAACCAACAGCACUACCAGUAUUAUUUCCAGAGCCUGUUAAAUUUAGCGCAAGCGUAUGUGCUCCGCCACCUGUGCCACCGCGAAAGGAAUCAACCGACGUACAUGAACUUGCAUCCAUGAACUGAUUGUUAUAACAAUUGCUAAAUCUCGAUCUCAAUCAGACGGG